ACACACAGACCAGAUUACCCCGAUUUGAAAAAGAUGGGUAUUAACUUGUUGUACCUUAUCUGAGUCCGACACUUAUUGCAUGUACUGUCUUCGGUCAGGAUCUGGUGUCUGUCAUCGAUUCUAUCGACGCGUUUAUAGGUCAGACUUUCAACCAUAGUACUGUAAUGGUCUGGAUGACAAUGGGAUGUAGAACUGGAUUAUAUACGAUAUGGAUGCAUUUAUGGGAAUCUUCAGAAGUUGGUGAAGGAUGUUGAAGAGCUAGUUUGCUGUCAUGACGUAUAAGAAAUAACGACUGUGGGAUUUCACAGUGUUGUGGAUGGUAGCAGCGUUAAGGUUCGGAUAAAACAGUUUUGAAAUGGAUCUUUAGAAGAUGCUGUGAUAAGACGAACAAUGCUUACUUGGAGAGCGUGGAACCUCUUUCCUCCUGAUAAGUUGAAGACAGAGGAAGAUGCUAAACUUGGACGUAUCCUGAGCAAACAACGGUUCCACCAGAACCAGCUUCAAACCCAGACACGUCCAGUCAGAACAGACACACUCACACCUCGGUCGCUGGACACCUCAGGAGAGUCACCUAGGAACAAUAACUCUCCACGACAGUGCUCCCAGACCAGUCCAGCCUCUCUGCCCUCCCCACGGGAUGCUCACAGACAAGCACCCAUAGACAGCUACAGGCACCCAGUCACAGCAUGGACAAGUGUCCAGGAGGAGUCCAGCUUCACCAGCCGGACGUCGUCCAAGUCUCCGCGUAGUGGUGAUGACCUGGUGGUCCAGGACGUCUCAGCUGAUGAUUUCGAGACAAGAAGUAGCACCAGUCUGUUAGACUCAGACUCCAUCUAUCUUCCCGUGGAUGCAACAGGUUCUCCCACUAAACGCCCAAUGACUGCGCCAACAGCCACCACCCCUGGCACGGCAGCAUUCAUCUCCGCUCUCACCUCAAACAAUGUACGCCCCUCCACAGGUGUCGCAGACGCUCGAGAAACAAAAUACGACUCGCUGGAGAGACGAGUAAUCAAACCAAUAAACCAGAGCAUUGUGAAGGGGCACCUCAAACCCAACUUUGACUUCUCACCGCCUCAGUCAUCAGGGACAGGUCCAACUACACGUGUUCGGAGACCAACACCACCUACUGCCGAGAGUCAGGACUAUGAUACCAGUAUAGACGCUGGUAACCAUAGCGACCAAGAAAACAUGGAUAAAGUUCCCAUGCAGGAACUGAGUCUUAUCAAAGACAAAGUUGGUGCUCGGAAAGCUCAGAGAAGCUCCACUCCAUCUAUAGAGGAGAGGAAGGCUAAACUGUUCAAUAAGAAAGAGAAAAGUGACUCCAAUAAAAGCAAUAUCCCUGUGCCAAAUAAUCGAGUUGAUGCAGUUAGUCAGGCCAAGUCUACCAAGGGUGUUAGUACUGACAGUAAAAGUGUUAAAGGGAGAUUAAACCUGGAGAAGUUCGAGGAGGCCGGGAGACACAGAGCCUUGUCAAAUACAGGAAGUAGUGUUCGGGAUUCAGGCUUCCUGUCAAGACCCUGCAGUGAUGCUGUGCUUGGUGAUACUACAAGUGAAGAGCAGCGAGCAGCUACGGUCAUACAGGCAUGGUGGCGAGGAUGUGUGACACGGCUGAAUGACCCGAAGGUGAUUUCGGUCCGGAAGGAGAUCAGAGCACGGAGGGCAGAGGACCACAUAGUUCUCCUCAAGGCAGAGCUGGAGAGACACAAACAUCAGUCGGCAGAGGAGAAGAAGUUGCGAGCUCUGCAGAUGGAGGCCAUCAAGACGCUGUGGCAGGAGGUUCAGUCCCUCCAGACCUGGAAGGCGGAGGUUCUUUCCUCUCAGUCCUUUCGGUCCUCCCAAGACUCCAACAACAAACACUUCCUGACCGUGUCCAGCAGCCAGAGGACAUCCAGUAGCAUGGACAGGUCGGACACCCUGGAUCGGCUCUCCGACUCCACGCUGCGGUCAGCCUUCAGCCCUGUAGAUGUGGAGAGGCAGCGGGACCUGGAGAAGACCUGUGCGAGCCUACAGUCUCAGGUGUCCCAGCUGAAGGAAGCUCUUGACACUGUCUCCAGUGCUGUUUUCCGCAGUACUUGUUUUACACUCACCCAGGGGCAGGAGGCUGAGGAGACAAGCUCAUUACAUGUGACUGGCAAUGUAGAGGAGUUUGAGAGUCUGGAAUCCGACGGCACCCCCUGCUCUGGUCGAUGGAGUAGUGUACCCCACUCCCUGUCCCCCUACCCCUCAGAGGAGGAGGAGAGUUACUUCCGCCAGGUGCCCCAGCUUGGGGUCCCCACCCCACCCAGAGCUGUCCACCUGGAACACCGGGGUGACAGCUCUGUCAUACUGCACUGGCAGACCUCCAGGCUGAGUGAUGAGUCCGGGAAAAGCACCAGUAUUAUAGGCUACAGAGUGUAUGUCAAUGAGAAGUGUAUGGCCUUGGUCGCAAGUAACAAGACUGUCGCUCUCGUCACGGGGCUCGAUUCUAGGACAACAUACAAGUUCUAUGUGAAGGCCUUGUCAGGCCUUGGCGAGAGUUACGAGUCCAACAUCAUCAUGGCCAAACUUGCCAAGGGGGCGGAGCAGAGACACGUGUCAGAGAGUAGUGACAGUGACAUGCCAGAUGACAGCGACAAGGACCAUGAUUCCACAGAGAGUCACGAGAAACGUCGCCACCGUAAACGUGAGACUCGUAAAAAUCGUAAAGUGAAGUCUCCAAGAUCAGAGAAAACAAAAUCGCAUGCAGCAAGAGAUGUGGAAUUUACAAGUGAUGUAAAGUCUGCAUCGCCAUCAACAUCAGAACGGCCACGAACAGCUCGUGCUGUUUCUGAUGCUGGAGCGCCUAUCCUAACUACACCAAAACGGCACAUGCAUAAAAGAAACAAGAGUGGUGACUAUCAGCAGAGUCAGUUCUCUGACGGCAACAUAGACAGUUCUCAAGGUUCCAAACGAGAGUCUGAGGGAAAUGUUCAGAGUAGCCCAUCAGAUCUUCCCCGAGUCUCCUCAUCCUCAUCUCCAUCCAGUGUGUCCAGCUCACCCACCAAAUCCUGCCAUCAUCACCCAUCAGUUCUCUCAUCUCCUAAGCCUGUUUGUAGUGAAGGCAGCAACAAAACACCUCAUCCAAGUGCUCUUACUGACUCUAAAGAUGUGACUGUGAUGUCAGGAACUUUCACUGUGGACCAUGCUAGCUCCUACUUACAAAGCAUCACUGCCAGUGUGGUCAAGGAAACUAUUGCAUCCUCUAAAGCCAAGAUUAGGGUAUCUCAGGAAAAGGAAGAAUCUGUGAAGACUCACCGGAGAAAGAGGAGCAGUGAUUUCAAACUGUCUGAUUUGACUGAUGGGAAGAAUGAAGGGAGGGGGGAUCGUAGGAGUGAUGGGGAUAGUGUGACACAUAGACAGAUGGACAGAAAAGAUUCAGAGAAACGAUUAUCAGAUGGUGCAAGUGAUGACUCCCUUAGAGAAGGGAAAGUAAAAGGUCAUCGGAGGAAGCGGAGUAAGGACCUUCAGAUUCAGGUCAGUGAAUGGAAGAAGGAUGAGGAGGCUGCUGGGAAGGCUGGGGAAAAGGCUGAAACUGUUUCUGCUGGUAGAGACUUGGACAAUACCAACCAGAACAGGCCUGUUAUCGAUGGCCGUAAACGGCAUUCAUCUGGCAGUCGACCUAGCAGUCCUAUGCUUGUUGAGGCAGGUGAUAAGGAAGUGUUUGAAAAACGAAGGACCCCCAUGGCUGAGACUCUUGAACAGAGACUCCUAAGCCUGUCUUCAAAAUCAAGUUCUUUAGGGUCUCUUAGCAACAAGGGAGGUAACUCAGAUGGAGCAACACGGUCUCGUCAGCUCCCUUCCAAAUUUGGUAAUGGAAGAGUCUGGGAUGAGGAAGAGGACAGCAUCAGUUGGAUCAGAAGGCGACCUCUCCCAAAAUGCCAAAUCGGAUCAAAAAGCUUUGCGUCUAAACUGUUGCAUAAGCUUCAAACCUUCUCCAAGUCACAGGAGAAGACAAUAAGGGAAAGAUCCACAAGGAGGAAGAAUUCGGGAGAGUCCAGUCGGGACUCAAAGCCUCCGUCAGAUGAUGAAGGACGCCAGCCACGUGUGCGACGGGUCAGUGACAGUGACCAUGAGGCUUCCUCCGACACCAGCAGCAUGGCCAGGAAGCAGGGAGACAGCAGCUCAGGGAGUCACUCGGAUGACAGCAGGUCCACACGACCCACAAGGACGCAUAGAAGGACACCUUCAGAUGGGAAGUUGAUGCCGCCCUGGGAGGGAGACCGCCCCACCCACAGCCCCAUCAUCAUGGAGGGCGCAGCCUUCAAGAAGGGCACAUCUAAUGUCCGUCGACAUGCAUCCUUCCAUGGCCUGCUGCCGUCAAAGCAGGACAAACAUGGUGCUCAAGCCUGCGAGGAGGGAGAUCCACAGAAGGCUGAGCAUGGCAGUAUGGCAUUACCCACUGAUUUAAUCAACAAAGUUCGCAGGAAACUCCGAUCACGUACUCCAAGUCCAUCUUUACACCAACCUGUCAUCUCUGCUCAGAAACAACACAAGUCGUAGCCAGAUAGACUGACUCUGCCUUACUAGAAUAUGUGCUUAUGUUUGUGAUGCUGUCUUGGAUGUGCUUGUCACCAGCUGUGAUUGCAGCCAAAUUGCAAGACAACAGAGUUAUCUACCCCUGAUUUCAGUCAGAUUAGUGGGUGACUUGCUACACAUUUUCAUAUUGAGAUCCCAUUGCCUAACAGGAUACUUAUAUGUUGAAGUCUAUCAUGUGGAGGAUUGUGGCUCUAAAUAAUCAGCAACAGUGCCCUGAAUCUGUAUUCUGAGUGAACGAAGAAGAGAUUGUCUGGAUAUUCUGGAAAUACAUGUUCUGUAGGCCCAUGCUGGAGUGUAUGUGUGCAUGUGUACAGUGGUGGUAAUUUAAACUAUAUACAGUAUAACUUCCAGACACAGGAGCUAACGCAACCCCAGCAUGUACUUAUCAUUGUUAGCUGACUGAAUAAGGUCAGUUUUCAGAAUUUCAGCCAGAGACAAGGUCCAUAGAAGUUCUGCAUCGCAUCAGGUUUUCCUGCAAGUGAUCUAACUGAAAAACUGUUCAAAGCUGUGUUAAACCCAUCUCACUUAGAGAAGCAGUUGCCUUUAUCAGUGUUGCACAAUGUGCAAGCUACUUGUAAUAAACAUGGGUUGCAGUAUGCGUGGCACAAGGCUUUUAUAAUGUAUGUCCGAACAUCAGUACUUUGUGUGUACAAGUACCCAGCAUGCAUUUGGGUGUUCUUGUGACCCUGACAUUCCACAGUACAUAUGUGUGUAUGAUCAAUACAUCUGUGUGUUCUAGUACAUCCACGGAGGUGUUGUAGGAACCCCUGUUAGUAUGUGAAGUGUGGCCUUCAGUGUUAUAGUCGCCUUGAAGCCCUGUGACAAGUAAAAUACUGAAGAAGUUGAGGUACUGGGUUUCUUUUAAAAGUUACCAACAUUGAUUUUUCAGCAUAGAUAGAUGUUUUGUUACUUUCUUACUUCUAAGAGAAAACGACAAUUAGUGUCUUUUCCUGUCGUUAUUCUGAUGUUAAUAAUCUUGAAGAAAUCGAGCAGCUAGAUCACAGUGGUAUGUGGAGUUUGAGGACCUUGGAACAAACUGAGGACUGGUACCUGAAGUUCUGACAUUUUCUGACCAAUUUUAUUUCUUGUUUUAC